AGUCCAGAGACCUCAUGAAGGAAGUGCUUUUCUCGCUGGGGCCAUGGGGACUGUAUUGAAAGCGAAAGCGUGUCAGAGCCGCCAGCAGCAGUAGCAGCAGCCGCCCCAGCGUCUACACGCUCCCCGCUUUCUCUGAAGAUCUGUGUCUGGAAACAUGGCUUCAGCCGUUCUCCUGUUCCUCACUGUGAUGCUUUCACCUGUAUGUUUUGGAGCGCCGACUAAAUCGCUGAUCAGUGUGGAAUGCCAGCCUGCAUUUGGAGUCGCUGGGCAGAUCACAAAGAUUUCAUGCUCCUUCAAGAAAAAUUUCGAAGGAAAUCAGGAUAUUAUUAUUACAGCAGGGACUGUAAAGAGGAGAGGAGAGACAGAUCCAGUGUUCUGGUUUCAGAAAGAUGUAAUGAAGGGAGAUCAUCGAUUUAAACCUGCUUCUAAAAAUGAUCCCUCUUUACUGCUCACUGACGCUGCUGUCUCUGACGGAGGACAGUAUGAUUACACUGUUCUAACCAAUCGUGGCAUUAUAGAAGAUGGAACUUUCAGGAUUAGUGUUACAGCUAAAUACAGUAAACCCACCAUGAGCUCACUGCAAAAAGAGGUUGAAGAUGGCGGCACUGCUGACUUUUACUGCAACUCUAGUGGCGGCUAUCCAGCAGGAACCAUUCACUGGUUUGACAGCACCAACACCAACUGGACGAUGAGCGCCACACUGGAGGUCAGAGAGAGAGAGGACCAACUGUUGGAAAUGUCUAGCAAACUGACCUUCACCAGCAUCGACUCGAGCUGGGCGCCUUUCAGGUGCGUCGUUCUCAACAGCAAAUUCGUCAAAGAAGGAGAGGAGACGUUUCAACCCAAUAUAAAAGUUCCAGGUAAAUCAGACUCACAGUCAGGCGGUGGCGGUGAGUUCAAAUUGGAGACGAAAUAUGUCGCCCCGAUUGUUGUCAUCGGGUCUCUUAUAGUCGGACUCCUGCUGGUGCUCCUGUUACGCGGAAGAUGCAAGCACCCGGCCCGAAGACCUUCUACUGUACCUAUUCUGAGUGAUUUUCGUGAUGCAGAGUCCGGGACUGCCGAGGAUGUGACAAGAGCCCUGACUGAGAAGAAUCCGACUAAAGAAGCUACUGAGAUGAUGAGAUGAAUUUUCAAAUGUGAUUGUCUGUGCAGUCGGGCUACAUUUUGUAAAAAAAAAUCAACGCACUAAUUAGACCCUACUGCUUUCAUUCUCUGUUCCUAGGAGAACAGAGCUCAGUCCUGAGCUUCUUCUUCUUUAAAAAAAAUCUGUUCCUCACUCAGUCGUCACCAAAUGUGUCUCUUGCUGACCUUUGUGGAUUGGAGUGUGAUGUGUCAGACUGUGGCCUGCAGCAGUUUGUCCUGAAGCAGAAGUGAAACUCCACUGGGUCCAAAAUGGAAAACUCCAGUGAGCAGCAGCGUCCAGCCUGUGAGAAUGAAAUCAUCGUGAUAUUUGAUGAUGACCGAUGAGGAAACAUCAGCUAACUUGGUAUCAGUCUGCGCUGUAAAGUUGAUUUGGUCUGUGAACGUUAAGUAAGUUAAAAACCUGAUGGUUUGGUGCCCUUUACAAAAAAAAACUCGAGUUCAAACAUGACGAAACAUUAACACUGAAACUGCAACAAAAACGUUUGCACGUGAAACAUUAGUAGUAACAUAAAAAGUUAUGAUAAGCAUUUUUUUCCACUUUUUUUAUUAUGGGAUCACUUUUUCACGUUUUUCAGCGUAUAACAUCAUGUGAUCACCUUUUUAUGGUUUUUAUACAGCUCACACAAAGUAUAUGUGCCUUUUUUUUUGGUAAGGGUUUUCAACUUAGAGUGAGCACAUUUUAAGCUGGCUUAAAAUGAAAAUCUUAAGGCUGACAGGUGAGUUUAGUAAAUUUAAUCAGAUUAAAACAACACUCUUUUUUUCCUAAUAGUGAGAGAGUUGAGGAAGAUAUUAUAGCUGGUGAGAAUCUAAAGCUUUCUGUGAUUUUCAUGAUUUUACCUUGUAAAUUCUCUAUAUCACACAUCAAUGACGAGCAUAGCAGGUCUCAUGGUUUCUCUUUUCCAUGUGAUUUUUUUCACUUUGUAACUGUUACUUUAAGGGUAGUUUUCCUGAACAGGGAUUGGUGGAGAAUGGUGGAGAAUCUCCAUUCAAAAUGCUCUGUAAACCAGACUAGACUAGAUUUAAUGUUCAGUAUCUCUAAUAGACUCGAUUAUAGGGUUUCGGACACUAUAAGCUUGGGACUAAAUUGAGGUUGUUGCUACUGUUUUUACCAUUCAGGCAAGCUAAUGCACAAUGCUAAUUAGCGUGUUAGCAAUUAGCUACAUUAGCCUCAUAGACAUAAGAAAUUAUCUUCAGGCAUCAAAUGUUUUCCAAAAGUAGUUUUUUUUGCCAAAAUACUGGUCAAAAACCAGCUGCCCUGUGGGAAAAAAACACUGCUUUCUAUUGGGAAUUUGUUUAGUGGUUAGCAUUAGAGGCCUCAAGUUUCCUGUAGGACCCAUUUGGAUCCCAUUAGGAAACCAUCUGGAAUCAAAACAGCUGUGAUCAGAAUCAUCCAGACUGUGAUAUCAGCCCCUUAGGAGAACACACAACACCAGUGACCAUCAGUCUCCACCAAAAACCAGCAGAACCUUUUAAUGUUUUCUGUAAUUUUUUUUGUUUUUGUCACAGGAAGGCAAAAUGUACCCUAUUAUAAGAUUAUUAUUAUUAUUAUUAUUAUUAUUAUUAUUAUUAAAGCAAACAAAUCUGUUAAGGGCCAUAUUUCCAACAGUUUUUUAAGGAGUGGCCAAGCAGUCUUGGUGGACAUGCACAUCACUUUGACUGACCAGUGCUGUCUGGAGCUUUUUGGUACAUUAGAAGCCAGUGUGUAGAUUAUAGAGGGGGAGAAAGGCUGGCAUCUUGUUUUAAACCUGUAUGAUCAUACUGUAAAUUUUAACUGUGAUAAAUCUAUUGUGUGUGUAAACUGUUCCUGUGAUUGUGUAAAAAGGAAGAAAAUAAAUCAGUUUUGGGAAACUGA